AUGGCAGACGUCGUCGAGGACGACAAGGAUGACUCCUCCUCCUCGUCCUCCUCCGACUGCUGGGAAUGCACAACAUGCCUUAAGAGCAUUCCUGGAAUCAUCUGGCAGUGCCGUAGCGGCCACCUGCUUUGCGGCGACUGCCAUGUUCUUGCCAAGAACCACUGCCCCACAUGCUCAGUAGAGCUGGAGGGCAUCAGAAAUCGCGCUGUCGAGCGAAUACGAGAGCGAAGGAUACUGAAGAAGGAGCGGAAGAAAGGGAAGCCUGCGGCUGAAAGCGAGCAGAGCAAGAAGCAGCGGGUCCACAAUAAGGGCGGAAGAUCGCAGAACGAGCAGGCGAGCGCUGAGAGCGCAAGGCCGCCCAACCCGAUCCCCGAGGUUCUCCUGCUGAUGUCUAUUUGCAAACUUGUGCGCGUGUGUGGCAUUGGUAGCUGUCUUGCUGUUCCCGGGCCAUCAAGAGCUGCAGAGGGUGCGGUGUUGAUCAAUCAUACCAAUGGGACCAACACCACAAAGAACAUCAGCGACGGUGAGAGAGGAGAUGAGAAUUCUACAGCCAGCAGCAACACGAGCAUCGACUCGUCUCCCACAAACAGCACGCAGAGUCACCAAGAAGGUUCCAACCAGACUCUGCUAUCUAAACCUAUCCCUCGCUGGGCCGAACUUCCUGUCCCACGUCCCUUGCGAUUGUGCUCUUUCAAGAGGGAUGAAGUGGUUGACCUUGACUGGACUUGGGUUGUCAUGGCAGACGCCAUGGGUUGGGCCCACCAGGGCCCCCUCAUGAAUGUCGAUCGUCCUUCGAGUGAUUAUGGGGUGUGGGUUUGCAUCUGCCCUGAAGCGAUGUGA